AGCGCGAUCGUGAAUCCUAUCUCAACGCAAAUUGUUAGAAAUGAGCAAAUUCGUGGCGUAUUUUCUACACUUGCUGAUCCUAACAGCAUAUGCUGAAGGUAGGUUUCUUUUAACUUAAUAUCAAAAAAUUUUUGGAUGAAAUUAUCAUGUAAGUUGAUGAUCGAAAGUCUUAGGAGAAAAACCCUAAAUUGAUUCUUACGGCAAGAAGAUUGAGAGAAAAAUGUUCUUUAUAUGCAAAGAAAACUCAAAUGGUAAACGGACCGUAAAAUAAGCCCCUCCACGUAUAAGCCCUCCAAACUCGUAACGCAAAAAACCCUCUGAUAAAUCGCCCCUCCAAAUACGAGCCCACGGCGGCUUGUACUCGGAAACUGCCCUCAAAUUCAAAGUGAAACAAAGCAAAAACUGUAGAGUGACACAUAAAUUGUUGCAUUUGCAAAAGAGCUAUUUAGGAGUGCCAAAACAGAAUUAAAAGUGUCGCAGUAUAUGUUGCCGUUUGCGGAUCUUGGCUUGGAUUAUAGACAAAGUACUUGCAUGGCUGACCCCGAGUUUCAGUAAAAACUUGCUGCAAAUUACCUUAUAUACAUGAAAUUUUCGGGACUUUUUUAAAAUCGCGAAAUUAAAGUGACGCGAACAAUAAGUGUCGCGAACAUAACAUGACGCGAAAAUUAAGUGAAUAAUGCUAAUGAUGAAGAAAAGACCAAUUUGCACAAACGGCUAGGGACAUCAUGGCCAAUUGACUAAAAUUAACGUUCGAACAAGCGUAAAAUUCGUGUGGAAAUUGUUAGAACUUUGAUGUUACUGUUCUCAUAUAGACCUGUCCCUGCAUCUCUUGUUAUAAAUUUUGACGUUAUUGUAAAUGAGGUUGUUCUAUUUGCUUCAAGUACAAAAAUUUCGCAAAGUCGCGAAAUUUAAAUCGUGAAAUUAACGUGUCGCGAAAAUUUCUUGAAUGAGGUAUACACAUCCGAGUUCCAGUUGCGGCUAAAAUGAAACGGAUAUGAAUCUUUUUAUAUAGAGUGGUUUUCGUUUGAGUGUCGUAAAACCAAAACCAAAGUAAUUACUCUGGCCAAUCACAUAGGACACAGACAAUACAUUGAACCAAUCAAAACUCGAAGUAAUUACAUGUGGCUGACGCAAAGCGCGGGAAAAUGCAUGCGAGCGCGUCACAAUUGGCUUUGGUUUUACUUCUGAUUGGAUGAAAAGGUGGCGCGAAUCUUUUAAGCCAAUCGCAUCGUGUAGAAAGUGCAACACCAAUUACUUUUCGACACUCAAAUGAAAACCGCUCUAGCCCCUGUUGAAGUUUUGUGUUGCAAACCGAAAUACCUCAAAGGUCCUUUUUGAGGGGCUUCUUUUGGUGGGGCUUAUAAUCGGAGGGGCUUAUAUACGGAGCGAAAUUUGAGUUUCAAACUCGGCUAGGCUUGUACUGGGCGGGAAAUAUGCAUCUCAAAAUCAAUUGGGCUAGCUUAUAGUUGGAAGAAAAUUUACGUCGUACAUUCAGUUUUCUUCAUGGCAUCACCAAAAGCAAUGCGAGUACUCGGAAAGAGCCCCCACCUCGCACUCAAGAUUAAAAUCAUAUUUCAGCGCGAUACAUCACGUUCAUGCUUGCGCGUGUAGAAAAUCGCCUCUAUCCUGCGUGCUGCUAGCCUGCGAGAUUAUCCGUUUUUUUGGCUCUAGUUUCUGGUUUCACCCGCCGAGUAAAACUAGAGACUAGAGCCAAAAAACCGGAUGCUCCCGCAGGCUAGCGUGUUGCGUUUACUUGCAGGAACUUUUCGCGCGCUCACGUGCUUCACGCGCCCAACUCCAGCCCUCAGGGCAGGAAAAAAGGUGGUAAGAUGCAUAAUAGCGAGUAUUUUAUAAUUUUUGCACAAAUCUGCCAGAAUUAAAUAAACUAACCUAAACUAAACAUCCAAAUUCUUUUCACAAAUAAAGGAACAAUAUGCACUUCACCAUGGCAACUGGCAUAUCACAAUGACGUCAGUGGAAAGGCCGUCUCAGGAUCUAAGGCUUCUUUGGAAGCUGCUGUGUUAUCAGGAGCACGUGUACGUGUGGUGAUUGGAGCGUCUUACAGCGCUGAGGCUGACAAUGUGCAAAUAAGCAACAAUCAGGUCUUUGCUCAAUUACUGAAUCAUGUCAGCAAAGCUUCAUGGGACAAGUUUCAAAACAAUGCCUAUUGGUGGUGGGUCAUUGUGUCAACUGAUGGACUGAUGCAGAUGACCAGGUAUAAUGUGGGCUCAAAUACACACCGUGGAACCAACAGCGCUAAAAGAAACAUCAAAUGGUAUGUGCAGACACCGGGUUUUAUCCCCAAACCAACAUACUCGCAUCAAGCCAAUGGACAUAAAGUUCAGGGAAGCUUCAAUCUCCUUAAGAGCAGCGUUCAGAACGGUGAGGAAAUCCGAUGCGUGAAUGACAGGCGUUACUCUUUCCCUCUCCAGAAUGUUGUCAUUAAAAGUCAAUAUCCUGAGUUAGUUGCAGGACAAACUUUGGAUCAUAUAGCUUCUGGCACAAAGUUUCUAGUGAGUAAUACCUACUGGUGGUUUAUUAUGGUGAAUUCUCGUGGAGCACGUGACAUGUCACGCUGGACUGUUGGGGCUCACCAGUCACGAGGUCACACCAAAGACACCACAGCAAUUGACUGGUUUGCAGAUGGCUGCUGGAAAGAGGUCUACUCUCAUGAUGCCAAAGGGCAACAGAUAUCUGGAUCACUCUACUUGUUGACAUCAGCUAUAUUGUCAGGGCGACGUGUUCGUUUCCAGGUCCCUACCUGGAAUUACUACACUGAUGAGGCUGACAAUCUGUCAAUACGUAAUGGUCACGUGACAGCCCAAGCACUUAAACACGUCAGCAAAGCUGACUUUACCAGAUUCAAGAGUGAUGCCUACUGGUACUGGUUAAUGGUUUCUACCACAGGGACUGUUCGCGCCACAAGGUACAAUGUUGGGGAACACAAGCACCGUGGAGAUUCUACAUACAAGCUGAAAGUGAAGUGGUUUGUUGACACCAGACCAUGGAAUAACAUUCUAUCCAAUGACCAGUCAGGAAAGGUGCUAAGCGGCUGUCGUGAUGCUUUGGUACAGGCUGUAAGAGCUGGAGCAGAUGUGAGAUGUGUACAAGGUGAUGAAGUGCAAGGUUAUGCAUACAAGGCUCAAAACCUGGCCGUGUCGCCAGAUGAACAACAAGUCGCUGCCCAAGCUGUUAGCCAUGUCAGUAUGACAUCAGCACCUAAUCCUAAUGAGGUAAUGAUUCAGCCUAAUGCCUAUUGGUGGUUCACUAUCGUGUCCACUACUGGCCUGAGAGAGAUGUCUCGCUGGUCUGUUGGUGCACAUGUAGAUCGUGGGCAUACUGCUGACAGAGUUGGCCAGAAGUGGUUUGUGAACAAUUAACUACAACAACACUUCUCACCAGUGCCAAAGCAAAAUUAGUCACUCAGUUAUAGUGGGAAAUUUUAAUGGUUUAUAAAUUAGAAAAAUAACUGUUAAUUGUUAAUUGAGCAAAAAAA